AUGAAUAGCGAUACCGACCAUUUACUUUGUAGAUUGUGUUUAAAUAACGAUAAUUUAAUUCCAUUAUUUACUGGUACAAGAGAAGAUGCUGAUUUUAGCGAUUUACUAUAUCUUAGUACCGGCGUUACCAUACAACCAAACGACGGUCUACCUCAAAUGAUAUGCGAAAAAUGUAAAUUAGACGUAUAUUCAGCUAUAUAUUUAAGAAAUAGAAGCGAAGACAGCGAGGCCAAAUUGUUAGAAGCUGGUUAUCAAAAAACUAGUGAACAAACCAUAACAGUCGAAGCUAAUUACGAAAAUGGUGAUGACGUAUCAGAAACUGGAGAAAACGAUGACGAUAAUACCGAUAAUAACGAUACUGAAGACGUAAAUUCAGAUAAAGAUGACGUAUUAACAAAUAAUAAUAAAAAUCAAGACUUGAAAUCAGGAAAUCUAAAAAACGGUAACAUAUCAGUGACAUAUACAAAAAAUUACGACGAAAUAGCAAUAGAUAAUAGAAUUGACGAUAUAAAUAUAGAUGAUUAUGAAAUUGUGAAUGGAUUUCCUGAAUUAAAAUCUAAUAAAAUCGACAAAUUGAAUGAACACGUUGACCUGACAAAAUUACCGAUUGGCAUAGAGUUAAGAAAAGUAUCGAGUAAAGAGAAGAGGUUACAGUAUUUGUCUUUGGUUGAUGGUCAAUUUGACCCAAAGGGGCCUAUAAAGUGUAAAGUUUGCAAGACUAUCUCAAGGAAUUGGCACUGCUUUCUAAGUCACGCGAAGAAACAUAUUGGAUUCGAUUUUAUAUGCGAGUUCUGUGGCAAAAGAUUUAUAGGUUCCCAUCAACUGAAACGUCACUGCAGAUCCCACCACGGUAUGAAAAGAGAUAUAGCUUGCAAACACUGCGACUAUCUCGCUCUAGACAACUCUCAGAUGCGGCUCCACGUCAGACGUAUGCAUACAUUGGAGCGUCCGUUUGUAUGCGACGACUGUGGCGCCUCCUACCACAGCCGACGAUGUCUCGUCCAACAUAUCGAUUGCCAUCGCCCCGUCACUAUAUCACAGUGUGGAGACUGUCCAAAAUCGUUUAAGACUCCUCUACAGCUGACCAGACAUCGCUGGAGAUGUCACAAACGGAACUCGGCUGUUACUACAGAUUUACAAUAG